UAUUGUUAUCAAAGCUAACUCUGGAUAUUUUAAUGUUAAAGCUUUCAUAAUUGAUCGGUCCUUUCCGUUUGGUUAAUGUCACCGUAACGGCGCGUUCUCGCUAUCUGACUGAACAAUGGUUCAAAUAGUUAUAAGAGGCAGUGUGGAUGGCAGCAGUCCUCCAGAGUGGCUGCUGGUGGAGCUGCAGGGAGAAGUGGUGGCCAGACACAACUCUGGUCUGGCAGGAAAUGUGAUGGGAGACCUGCUGUACACCACAGAGGGGGUGCCGGUGCUACUCGUGGGGCACCACAUUCUAUAUGGGAAGCAAGUCAAACUGGAGAAACCCUUCGCUGUCCUCACCAAGCAUCCCGGCCAUUCACAGGACACCACAGGUAGCCAGGACAACAACGAUGCCUCCCAGGUAUCCAUGGAAACAGACCAGCAAGAAUCCACCUCCACUUCUUACUCUGUGUCUGCCCUCAUCAAGCGGAAGCUGAUCUUUAAGACGCGCCCUAAACCCAUCAUCACUAACGUACCGAAAAAGGUGUAGCAGUUGUGUGUAAUGGAGAUAAACAGGACGGAGGAUCUGCUGAUCCAGUUGGUCCACACUGACUUUUUAUGAAACGAAGAGUGACUGUAUAAAUCAUUGCCUUCCACAUCUGAUAGGAUGCAGUUUGAGUUGUUGUUCAGUUGAUCAGAAUCACCCCUGAUAUUGAUUAAUACCGUGAUUUGGGAAACUUUUUUACCUGAACUGAUUCUAUCAAGAGACAUUAAUGAGGCUCCUCGCGGGUAUGAGUCAACGUUGUAUUAUUUUCCUGACUGUUUCAAAGGCUUGUCCACACCAACAAAUAUCCCACUCUGGAAGGAAGGCUGAAUCAUUUUGAAUCUUUUCUGUGAAAAUAAAUAAAUAAAGUUUUGGACA